AUGUCUGCCCGUUUGCUCCACCCAGAUGAGUACGAGCUUGAUGCUCGAUCUUCAGUUGACUCCCAGGGGACUUUCAAUCUAGAUGAGGCCGACUUCGAAUCACAGGCCCCCCCGAGGCCCAGACGACUCUUAAAUAGGUCGUCUUUCCUGUCACGGCUCUUCUCGUCUACUUAUACCGGCUACCGCCGUCUCAAACCUUCCCGACGCAUUCUCUCCGCGUCGCGACCCAGCUGUUAUCGACGUCUUCUUCUUCGCCGCUCAUGCCUUUACCUGCAUGUUGUCGCCGGGAUAGUCUUAGCUCUCGUUGUCCUGACUUCGAUAUUCCGACCCUCCUACACCCGGCCGCCCUCGCAUUACUCGGUUCUCAGGGAUGCGGUGUCGAAAUCGACCGCGUCGGGCAGAGGAAAUAUUCGCAACGAGAAAGUCUUCAUCGCGGCGAGUCUGUACGAUCGGGGAGGGCACUUAGCCGGGGGUGAAUGGGGUGACAGAGUUCUGCAAUUGAUUGAUCUCUUGGGAAAAGAUAAUGUGUUCUUGAGUAUUUAUGAGAACGAUAGUGGACCAGAGGGUGAUAGCGCCUUGCGGAAUUUUGCGAAGCGAAUCCCAAGCAAAAGCUCCAUCGUAAGCGAAGAGCAUCUGGAACUGGAACAUCUACCCAAAGUCACAAUUCCCGGCGGCGAGAAGCGUAUCAAACGCAUUGAGUAUUUGGCCGAAGUCCGCAACCGUGCUCUAAAACCGUUGGAAGAUGAUCCCGCCACGCGUUAUGAUAAACUCCUUUACCUGAACGACGUGAUUUUUGAUCCAGUCGAUGUUCUCCAACUCUUGUUUUCCACCAAUGUUGAUGAAAGCGGGGCUGCUCGGUAUCGCGCAGCUUGUGCGGUCGACUUCAUCAAUCCGUUCAAGUUCUAUGACACAUACGCCACCCGUGAUUUGCAGGGCUAUGGAAUGGGACUACCCUUCUAUCCUUGGUUCUCAGCAGCUGGGCAUGGCGAUAGCCGAAAGGAUGUCCUAGCAGGGAAAGACGCAGUGCGUGUACGCAGUUGUUGGGGCGGAAUGGUCGCUUUUGAUGCCAAAUUCUUCCAGCAUGACAAAGGGGGCAAGGAUUCUGAUUGUGCCCCAUCCCGUUUCCGUGCAUCGCAUGAUCUGUUCUGGGAAGCUUCUGAGUGCUGUCUGAUUCAUGCAGACAUUCAAGAACCCCAGAUGGAACCAGACAAGAUCACGGAUACUGGGAUUUAUAUGAACCCAUUCGUCCGCGUUGCCUAUGACACGAAGACCUUUUCUUGGCUUGGGACAACACGUCGAUUCGAAAAACUUUACUCCUUCAUCCACAACAUUGGGAAUCGUCUGGUUGGAUUGCCUUGGUACAAUCCACGGCGGGCUGAGGUUCCUGGUCAGACUGUCCAGGAAAAUGUUUGGGUCCCGGAUGCCAACGCAAAGGAUGGCGGGUCCUUUCAACUCAUUGAUCGUAUUGCUGGUAAUGAUGGUUACUGCGGCCGCCGAGGGCUCCAAGUCAUUGUUGAACAUCGCAAGGGGGGCCAGGAAGGUUAUGAGAAUAUUCCAGUGCCGUUGAGAUGA